AGUUAAGAAAACUUAUCCUCCAAAGAUACUGGCCAGCCAGAAGUCUUCUGCCUUCUCUGGGAUGCGGAGUGAGAUACCUAGUGCCAGUCAUCCAGUUCAGUAUCAUGCCUCACAUGGUUGGACCCGAAGGAACCGGUUACGAGAGUUGCGUAUCAGAUGCGUGGCCAGAAAGUUCUUAUAUUUGUGGAUUCGAAUGACUUUUGGAAGAGUAUUUCCCUCUAAAGCCAGGUUUUACUAUGAGCAACGAAUACUUCGGAAGGUCUUUGAAGAAUGGAAAGAAGAGUGGUGGGUUUUCCAGCGAGAGUGGAAACUCUGUGUUCGAGCAGACUGUCACUACAGAUAUUACUUGUACAACCUGAUGUUCCAGACCUGGAGGACCUAUGUGCAUCAGCAGCAGGAGAUGAGGGCCAAGUACAUUAGAGCCGAGAAUCAUGAUGCAAGGCAAAAGAUGUGGCAGGCCUGGAAGUCCUGGCUGAUCUACGUGGUUUUUCGUAGAACCAAACUUCAGAUGCAGAUCACCGCCCUGGAGUUUAGGCAGCGGAGUAUUUUGUGGCUGUGGUGGAGCCAGUGGAGGCAGCAACUGGGACAGGUGCGUGUGGGCCAUGCCCUGCUUGCAUCAGCUGUGAAGCACAGGGCCCUGAGCCUCCAGCUGCAGGCCUGGUCACAGUGGUGGGAACAGCUCCUACACAUCCAGAGGGAGAGACAGAAGAUGGUCUCUGCAGUGAAACACCAUGAGCACUGGCAAAAGUGGAAAUCCCUGAAGGCCUGGCUCAAAUACCUGAGGGUCCGCAGAGUGAAGAGACAAUGUAACGAGAUGGCUGAGCGAUUCCACCGGGUCACUAUGCUCCAGACACACUUCUCUGAUUGGCAGUGGGCCUGGGAGCGGAAGGAGAGCUUGUACGCCCAGCACGCCCGGGUGGAGGGGCUGGCCCGGAGGAUGGCUCUGAGGAGGGCCUUCACUCACUGGAAACACUAUGUGCUGCUGUAUGCCGAAGAAGCGGCCCAGUGGAAGGUGGCGGAAGAACACAGGAGGCGCAGCUUGCUGCACUUCUGUUUUCGAGCCCUAAAAGACAAUGUGACCCAUGCCCAUUUCCACCAAGUAAGAAGGAAUCUCGCUCACCAGCAGUAUGACAUCACGCUGCUGCACAGGUUCUGGGACCUCUGGCAGACUCGGAUUGAGCAGAGAGAAGAGAGAGAGCAGCUCCCCUCACUGUGUGCUGCCUGGGACCACUGCAGAAUAUCGUUGCUACGCAAGUGUAUCAAAUCGUGGUUACAGUAUACUCAGAAGAGGCGAUACAAGCAGCGGCUGCAGUCCAGAGCAGACAGUCACUUCGAGCAGAGAGUCCUGCCUGCGGCCUUCCACACAUGGAGAAGAUUCUGGCAUUGGCACCAGCAGGAAAGUGUCCUCAAUGCGAGAGCAGCACGCUUUCACAGGGAGACGUUGGAGAAGCAAGUAUUUGCUAUUUGGUGGCAGAAGAUGUUUCAGCAUCGAGAAAACCGCUUGGCGGAGAGAAUGGCCAUCCUUCACUCAGAGCAGCAGCUCCUACAGAGGUCCUGGUCCACGUGGCACCAGCAGGCAGCAGCACGUCACCAGGAGCGACAGUGGACAGCAGCGGCCUGGGCCCACCGCCGCCACCGUCAGCUCAGGAGGGCUUUCUGCAUCUGGAGGGACAGCGCCCGAGGCCUCAGAACAGAGAAGACCGGCCUGGUGCUGGCUGCAGAGUUCCACUCGGCUCGGAUCCUGCACUGGGCCUGGGACAGGUGGAAGGAGGGCCUGGCCCUGCGCGCUGCCGAGCGGCGGAAGCUGACGCGCGCCCGUCUGCAUCACCGGCGCACCUUGCUGCGCGGGGCGCUGCGCACCUGGGCGACGUACCAGAGCCGCGUGCGGAGCGUCCUCCAGGAGGUGGCGGCCAGGGAGAGGCAGCACGGGAGGCGGCUGCUUCGGUGUGUGUUCCGUCGCUGGAGAGAGAACACCCUGGCCCGUGUGGCUGAAGCCCAGCAAACCUCCCGAGUCCUGGUGCAGUGGCGGGAGGCUGCAUCCGUGCAGAUAUACUACCGACAGCAGGAGGACUGUGCCAUCAAGGAGGCCCAGAAGGUGCUGGAUAAGGGCUGUCUCAGGACGUGGUUUCGGCGCUGGCGGGACCGAGGCCAGAGGGCGGCCGAGCAGAGAGCCCAGCUCAGGAGGGCGGCUGCGCAUCAUGGCCGGCGGCGGCUGCUGCAGGCCAUGGCAUGGUGGAAGGCGCACCAUCUGGGCUGUGUCAGGAAGCGGCUCCUGCAGAGGCAGGGUGCCCAGCUCCUGGCCCAGACCCGCAGCCGGGCCUGCUUCUGCCAGUGGAAACAACAGCUGGCGAACAGGAGGCGCGAGCAGCAGGGCACAGCCCGGGCCCUGUGGUUCUGGUCCUUCUCACUACAGGCAAAGGUGUGGGCCGCGUGGCUGGGCUUUGUACUGGAAAGGAGGAGAAAGAAGGCGCGUCAGGAGCAGGCCAUACAGGCCUACCACCGGCAGCUUCUCCAGGAGGGCGCCACGCGCCUCCUGCGGUUCGCAGCUGGCAUGAAGGCCUUCCGGCAGCAGCUGCAUGCCCAGCAGCAGGUGCAGGCGGCUCACAGUCUCCACCGUGCGGUCCAUCGCUGUGCCAUGCUCUGGAAACAGAAGGUUCUGGGCCAGGGCAGGGAGCCUCGGCCCCUCACAUGCACCAUGCCCAGCAGGAAAGUGACGUUUGACAGACCCCUUUCCACCUGUGUCGAGGCUGGGGCUGGGGAUGCCGCCCUGGAGACCAAGAAGCCACGAGAUCCUCAUGGGCCCCGAGGAGCUUUGGGCAGCCUGUCCCUGGCUGCUGGGGACCCCUACCUCCUAGAGCUCAAUGCUGCCCGCUUGGCAAGAAAGCAACCUCGACGCCCACAUUUCCUGCUGGAGCCGGUGCCGAGUCAGAGGCCUGAGGCACUGAGGGCCUGCGACCCGGGUGUGGCCCAGCCUGCAGGCCCUGCCCUGAGGAGGCCUUUCCUGCCAGUGGCCUGGACAGCACUGGUCCCAAGCAGCGCCCUGCCCCACCCCGGGGCCCUGCCGGGUCACCCUGGCCCGAAGCUGCCCCCCACGUUGAAUACAGGCCCAGAGCUGCUGCCCCCUUCGUCCUUCAUGCCAUGUGGGGUGCAGGCGCCUGCCAGGGCAUCUGCACAGCCCACCACCCCUGGGCUCACGGCCCAGGCCUCGCUGUCCCCAGCCAGUGUCCCUCACUCCCGCCUGCUGCUUCCUGGGGACUUCUCAGGCACCGGCAGGCCUGGCUCCGUAAGCGCGGGUGUGCAGCUGAAGCCUGUCAGCACCGAGGGUGCUCGGGCCGCUCCCGAUGCCUGGGAUCCCUCCACUCAGCCUUGGCCUAGCCGGGACCGUGGUCCAGAUCCAAGAGCUUGUUCUGUCACCAAGGGCCCCAUGGACCUGGAGGCUGAGCUGGAGGGCAUCCAGCAGCAACUGCAGGACUAUCAGACCAUGAAGCAGAACCUCUCGUCCUGUCAGCGGCAAGCAAGAAGCCUGCGCCGGUGGCUGGAGCUGAGCCACGAGGAGCCCAGGCCGGAGGACCAGGAAGCAGAGCGGCAGGUGCAGGAAGAACUACAGGAGGUGGAGCAGCAGAUCCAGCGGCUGGCCUCUGUGCUCCAGGCCCAACGCCAGCCCGUCAGCGCCUGCAUUGCCCGCGUCCAGGCCCUGCGGCGGGCUCUGUGCUAG